CAGAGAAGCAGGUGGUUUGGGACAAAAUAAUUUUUCUUUACGAAGGAUAAUACGAAAGACGUUUAAAAUAUUUGUCCUGGAAAGGUCUUUAUAUCCCACGCAUUUAUGUGAAAAGGUUUGUGUCUGUGGGGAGAAUUUUUUUUCUGAAAGAAGGAACAUUAUGAUGAGAAGAUAUUUCCAUUUCGACAACGAUUAGAUAAAAUAUAUUGUAAUAUAAGUAUGGUUGUAUAAAGCCUUUAACUCAACUAUGGAGAUAGACUGUUCGUUUGGUUUGGGGUAUUUACCCAUCAUGUGGACUGUCUUUACAAUUCUCGCAUUCGCAGCGUCGUAUUGUAUAGCUGUACUAGAAAAACAUGUAUAUCCUGUCUUACCUUCAAUAAGCGACACUGGUGCAAGAAUCCCGGAAGCAAACGCUUUUUCAUUGCUCAUGAACAUCUCCAUUAUUCUUGGUCUAGCUAAUUACUUUACAAGAUAUUUUCAGUGUCAACACCAAGCAAGACAUUGUGGAGAUAAUAGAGAAAAGAUUUUUAAGUAUAACCAUUUGUCAUUAUUAACAGCAUUGACCAGCGUGUUUGGAGCUCUGAUCGUCGCUAAUGUACAAUCCAGAAAGGAGUUUUAUCUUUCUGAAAUACACGACAUUGGAGCAGUCAUUUUCUUCAUUUUUACUUGCAUGUAUUUAUGGCUCCAAACACACAUUACAUACAAAGUGGCGUUGUAUGGCUUAUACUCCAUGUGGCUCUGCCAUUUCCGCUUGUUUAUGAGUUUAUUAUUCACUAUAUCAGCUGCUACAUAUUUCAUCACAUCAGCGAUAAGCUAUCAGUAUUUUGAGUCGUCCAGACACCACAACAUCGCACAUUGGAUGCCUUCGGACGGCGGUUACACCCUUCAUGUGAUCAGCAAUGGAUCUGAAUGGUUUUGUGUGGUCAUUAUACUGUUAUUUGCGAUAACUUAUUUUGAUGAAUUUCAGCAAGUCAUGCUGUUGAUAGAUUGUCAAGAAAAAUCGCCACAUAUUAUUUCUUACGACGGAAUUGGGGAUUACGCGUGCGUGAAAAUGAGUUCAAUGGACUCGUUGAACGAAGAUAAUAAUAAUUAGCUCGUUACAAUAAGAAAGAUAAACAGAUAUCCAAUAUGUAAUUUAAAAAAUUAUAGACAGCCGGAUUUCCAAUAUACAAAGCAUGACGCAGUA